CUUGGAAGUGGAGUACCCCGCAAUAGCUCCACAUCGUCCAAAACACAAGCCCUAUUCUGCCCUUCCCUGCCGCCUUGCCAUCCAAUUCUGCAGCUCUUACCGCCCGCCCGUUUCCAACCAUAAUUUUGCCUGUUCCCACCGCCCAAUAGCCCAGCUCAAGAGUAUGCACGGGCCAAUAUAUAACCCCCACAAUCAAAGAUAACCCAAGACAUACUCGACAACCGUCGUCGUCGAGCUCUUGCACAUUACUAAAAAAAUUCACGGACUAGAAAUUAUCACCUCCUCGAGUACGCCAUGGCCGACCCAUUCGAAGUGCGCAUGCGCUUCACGAACCAGCUACAGCACCUCAAUGCCUCCGUGACCAGCUCGCAAAAAGCGGCGCAAUAUGCGCUGAAAUACAAAGAUAUGGAUGAGGACCUGCACUCCUGUAUCCUCGAGCAAGUCGAAAAGAACUCAAUGAACAACCGCGCCAACAUCCUCUACUUCCUCGAAGCCCUCGCGGACCUAAGCAACACCAACGGCCACCGCGAUUACAUCCGCAUGAUGCAGCGCGACAUCCUGCGCAUCGUCGACGCCGUGGCGCCUGAGGACGGGUCGGGCGCUGCUAACACCAAAGUCGUGCAGAAAGUCCUCGCCAGCUUCGCAGCGAAGGGGUACCUCGAGGCUCAGACGGUGGGGGAGAUAGACGAGCUCCUCCGGGAGCGCGAUAGCGGGAUGCCCGGCCUAGAAGGAGCAGGGGGCUCGCCGACACAGCAGGCCGAGGGUAUGGACGUUGACGACGGCGUGUGGGAAGACCGGCGUGGAGACGCAGGCGGAGUGCGGCUUGAUAAGAAGCUGGUGGAGCAGCGAAUCGAAGAGGAUCGGGAGAGGCAUAAGCGGUUGAGGGAGCAUCAGUGGGCGGUGCCGCCUGCGGUGGGGGAGGAUGAGGAUGAGAGGGAGUUUGAGAUGUUGUUUGAGGAGACGAGUAGUGUGGGGAGUGAUGAUUAUCGGUUGUUUGAGGAGGAGUUUCUGGAUCGGAAGAGGUGUGCGGAGGAGCAUAAGGCGGAUAUUGAGGGGACGGGUGAGGCGUGAUGAGGGGGGGUUUGUGGGAUUGGGCAUAUGGGUUCUGCUGGCGUUGGGGGGGCAAGGAGCAUUGAUGGCGUUUGGGGUAGCGCUGAAGGUAGCGCAAUGGGCAUGUAGAUCUACGAUAGCC